AUGCGGAUCCAGGGGAGGUCACUGUCCCUCUGCUGCGCAGCAGGGAUCCUCCGACUCUUCUCAGCCACAGGCAGCAUCUUGGAUUCUGGUGGGUGUCUGGAGAUUCACCCAGGGCGGGCCCACCGUAAGGGGUGGAGUGGGAAAGAAGAGACUGGGGAGGCUGCCUGCGUGGAGGCUGAAAGCUCUUCGGGGAAUCAGGGCUGGGAGGGGGCAGCCGGCUGGGCGUUGACAGCCUCUCCCACCCCAGCCCGGCAGCCUACGAGCAGUGGCAAGAACUUCUCGAGGGUGGAGGUGGAGCUGAGCUGGUCCGAGGCGCUGCGCUAUUGCCGGCGGCACCACACGGACCUGGCCGACCUGCAGAGCAUGAACAGCGCGCGCAGCGUGGGCUCGCUCUACGCCCUCACCAGCAGCGCGCAUGCGUGGAUCGGCCUCUUCUUCGACGUGCGCAUUCAGGGCCUGAGCUGGUCCAGUGGCUCCGCCUUCACCGCGCCGGUGUGGAGCUCGCUGCCUGUCUUCAAGGAGGGCGUCUGCGCCACCCUGUACUCCAUCUCCAUCUUCCCCAGCCUGGGGGCCGCCUCGUGCACGGCGCAGAAGCCCUUCAUCUGCUACUACGACCCUGCUGUGGGGCACCGCCUCUUCACAGAGCCUGCUCUUAGCCCAACCACCUCUCCAAAGCCAGCCGUGGUCCAGAUUGGCCGACAGACGUUCCUACGGUUUUCCCGGGAGCUGACCUGGCAGGCAGCCCUGCUCUAUUGCCGCGGCCACCACACGGACCUGGCCGACCUGCAGCAGGUGACCGACGAGGCUGGCAGGGAGGACUUGAGGUCCAUCACUGAGGAGACUGAGGCCUGGAUCGGCCUCUACUUCAACCCAGCCUCUGGGGCCCUGAGCUGGUCGAGCGGCCUGGGCGCCAGCGUCCCCACCUGGCUCCAGGUGCCUAAGUUCGGGGCAGGACUGUGUGCGGGGCUCCGCACCUACGCGCGCUACCCCCCCAGAGUGUAUGCACUGGCCUGCUCUGCCCUGAAGCCCUUCAUCUGCUUCUACGACCCCUCCAUUGGGCACCGGAAGUCCGCCCCUCUCUCUUCAGCCUUUCACGCUUCCUCCUCAGAAGCGACCGUGGAGCCAACACUCAGGCCAAGUACAUCCCUGUUUUCUGUUCUCUGCGGGCUCUUUGGACCUGUUCUUGGGUUCCGGGUCACCUGCAUGCAGCAGCACGGGGUCGGCCCCAUGGGAGCCUCCCAGAAGAGGAUUUUCCAGCCCACCUUCCAGCCCUCUGCAGGGCCAGCUGGGUUUGGAGAAGGGGGACUCGGUCUCCUUCAACCUCCCUCCUUGAACUGGGCCACUAACUUGCAGCUCCAGAACGGGGAGGCCCCAGAGAGGCUGUGUGGCCCCGUGCAUGGUGUGGCUCUUUUAUGUUCCCCUCCUGUAGCUGUGGCCACUGGGGGAACCAGCAGCGAUCAGAGAGAGACAGCCAUGGCCGCUCAGGCCCAAAGUCUGAGCUCAUCUAAGCACCCAGCGUCUGCAGAAACCACCCCGGCACCCGCCCCAGGUAACUGCCUCUGGUUCUCCAGGUCCCACUCUUCACAGGGGAGCCUCGGGACGGUAAGGACUGCCCUGCCCACAGCCCAGGGGUGUCACAAGGCCCCACUGCGAUGGUUACGCAAGGGCACUGUGGACUACAGAAUGCGGCACGAGGAGGCAGUGGUCCCCGCAGGGAAACUCUUUGGAAUCCUGAAAGCAGAUUUUACCAUCCCAGCUCUGACAGACCCAGAAGAUCUGAAAGACCAAUUUUUGAGGGAGAUCCAAGAAGUCUUAAAGCUUACAUUAGGCCAUGAGCAAUUCAGACUGAAAUGGGUUGACUGUGAAGUAAACAAAGACUAGCCCAUGUCGACUGACCUGGAGUCUGUUCUCGCAUAAUCUUCU